CCCAUUCUAUUUGUACAAUAACAUUUACUACACUCUACAUGGAUAAGAAAUGUCUAAAAAGCAUGAAGAUGUACUGCCUAAAUAAUAUGUGUUUUGUUUUUCAACUGUCGUCUCUUUUCCUUUUAAUGCUUUUGAAGGAGGGAUUAGCCUGUGGUGUUCCUCCUGCAGUACCCAGCCUAGAUAUGAAUAUAUCAGUGGUUGGCGAGUUUACACCGGGUACUGUUUUUCAUUUCAAGUGCAACUCAACAUCUAAAUUGGACCGCCACCACGACACAGAAAGGGUGACGAUGUUAUGCUUGGAGAAUAACACGUGGACCAUUCGCGGGGCGGAGAAUUGUAAACCAGAAAAGUGUUACAUUGCGGCGGCCAUCCUUCUGACGUCACUAGUUCUUGCGGUGUCUGGUGCGGUGAGUUACAUCUUGACCAUGAUCGUUAUUAGAGUCCUUGAAAGAAAAUCGAGGGGAGUGUACCGUCCCGUUAAAGGAUAUGCUGCCGAUCUUUCCCAGCAUCAGCCAUUGUUAAAAAUGAAGAUCUAAAAAAUCCAGCUUUUGUGUGUUGGAGGAGGAGGAGGAGGAGGAGGAGCAGAGAUAUCUGUUUAUCACACAUAAUUUUAUGUUAUCUAAUUAAUUUUUUAUUUGACUUAUUCUAAUCCAAAAUAUUUUGCAAUUUUUAAAUCACAAAAUGAUACAUGUAUAUAUGCUUUGUAGUUUUAGCAUACAGCCAAUUUCUAUGUUUAUCACAUGAUAAGGGAAACAUUUCUGAAAUUAAAAAAAAAAUUAACGUAGUUUUCGUUUUGAUUUCAUUCUUUAAACACCAAAAAUACAAUCAGAUCUGCGUCAAAAAAAUAAAAUAAAAAAACGUACAUUUACAU